AUGCAGUUUGAGAAGAAUGAUGAUUCGAGUCACACGAUAACAACGACUCCACCGGGCCACGACUCCGUUCAUCCUUCUACUGACCUUUCAGAGAAGGCGCUGUCCGAGAAUGACCUGGCCGACGACGAACCGGCGGAUCACAAACCAGCCGACAACGAACCGGUCACCACGGACCCCGAGCAAGCUCAACCACCAGCACCCAUAGAGAUCGACGGUGGUUAUGGCUGGAUCUGUGUGGUGUGCGUCUUUCUGGUCAAUGCCCAUACUUGGGGAAUCAAUAGUUCCUAUGGUGUCUUUUUGGCCCAUUAUCUGGCCACAGAUACAUUUCCGGGCGCAUUAGACCUCGACUUUGCCUUUGUCGGAGGUCUUUCCCUCAGUAUGGCCCAAUUCAUCGCGCCGGUCGCAACAAUCACGACUCGAGUAUGGGGAACAAGGGCUACCUUGAUGAUCGGAAUUACAUUGCAGACAGCGGCAUUAUUAGGAGCGUCGUGGGCGGGCCAGAUUUGGCAGUUGUUUCUCAGCCAGGCUCUGUGUUUCGGAUUCGGGAUGGGGAUGCAAUUCAGUGCUACUGUUGGUAUCAUCCCUCAGUGGUUCACUCGCCGACGUUCCCUUGCAAAUGGUAUUGCGACGGCGGGAUCGGGGAUCGGAGGCCUUAUCUAUUCGUUGGCUACAAGUGCCAUGAUUCAGAGAUGGGGUAUUGGCUGGGCUUUCCGGAUCCUGGCUAUUGUCUCCGCUGCUGCGUGCGGCUUCUCUGCUAUUAUUGUGAGGGAUCGGAACAAGGCCAUUGGAGCUGUUCAGAUCGCCUUCCACACAGAGCUUUUAAAAAGACCAGAGUUUCUGCUCACUUUGGCCUGGGGUUGCUUUAGUGUGUUGGGCUAUGUGGCCCUUCUUUUCUCAAUUCCCGACUAUGCAAGCACCGUAGGCCUGACCGCAUCCCAAGGUUCAAUUCUUGGUGCUAUGUUCAACCUUGGAGGAGGCCUUGGCCGACCUGUUAUAGGUUACGUCAGCGAUAGUUUUGGACGGCUGAAUACCGCCCUCGCUUGUACCUUCCUGGCUGGCCUCUUUUCUCUUGUCAUCUGGAUCUUUCCCAAAAAUUUCGGGGUCCUCAUCUUCUAUGCUCUGAUUAGCGGCCCUGUUGCCGCAACCUUCACGACUACCGUUGCUCCAGUAGGCGCGGAGGUUGUGGGAUUACAACUCUUACCGUCUGCGUUGUCGAUCUUCUGGCUUUCGGUGGUUAUCCCGAGCACAUUUGCUGAACCAAUCGCCCUUUGGCUACGAACCGACAACGCAACCAAUUUUCUGCAUGCCCAGAUAUUUGUCGGCUGUAUGUUUAUGGCAGCAUGCAUUUGCCUCUGGCUUGUGCGAGCGUGGAAGAUCUCAGAGUUGGGAAAGGCUGACGCUGACGGCGAUCCUCUCAAACGGGAAGCCCAGAUCAGGGACAAUGAUGCCGCGCCUCAAGAGCCCGUGGCCAGGACAGCGAGCAGCGUUCCUAGUGUGGCGAGCAAGGCAAAGGCUGUGAAGGGAUUAUUCACGAUGGCGAGGGUAUAA